AUGGCCGUAGCAGCCGAGCAUAGUGAGCUGCAGUGGGCGAAGGCAUCGUCAAGAACCUAUGAGCGGUCGCUAGACGACAUGGAAAGGUUCUUCGGCCUCGCCGGGGAGGGAGGAGUGGGUGCAACUGAUGGCCAACACUGGCAUAUCUCGGUCAUGGCCAAGAUCAAGACGACUGGACUCGACCUGAGGAAAGUCAUUCCGACCGCGUGGAAAAACUUGCGCGGCAUUAAUCCUUGCUUGUCGGCUGUCGUUCGAGACAAUCGCUGGAUUUACACCGUUGCUGACGAGCAGGAGCUCGAGUCCUGGCUUGAAGAAACUCUGCACUUCCACGACACUCCCAGCACGUCCCGCGACAUGUUCCCCAUCAGAAACUUCACCGGACGUGCUGUCCUCCACGUCCUGCUGCAGACACAAGAGCUCUACCUUUUGGCCCCUCACACUCAUCUCGACGGAAUCGGUGCCUAUACUGCCAUGAGCAACCUCAUCCAAGCCUUGGCCGACGCCGCUUCCACCCGUGAGGGCCCUACAUUCGGCGGUAAUGAGGCCCAGCACUUGGUUCCUCCGCUCAAUUUCCUUGCCGACAUUUCUGCCGUGACGGACGCAAACAAAAGCACCUUCAAGUCCAUGUUGGGAAGCUGGAUGGCCGGCUUCGCGGGUGUGAAGCUUCAACACAACCGCGACACAAAACAGCCAUGUGGAGACCCAAAAAUCCUCUACGCUCCAUUCAGUGUCGAGGAAAGCAAACGCAUCGUAGCAAGAUGCAAAGAGCUAGGCUUGACCGUCACCGCGGCAGUGCAAGCGGCCGUCUCCACCGCUCUGCGCAAACAAGUCAAUUCAACUGCGACGAUCCAAAGCGCCGUCACCAUCCAUGACGUUCGCAAAUGGGUCGACAAGUCCAAAUAUCCUGCAACCGCCCUCGUCGGUGCGCUGGCCGUCCCCGUCCCCGCCGUCUUCACCCUGACCGACGAUUUCGUGGAGACGGCCCAGCUUGCCAAGCAGAAGUAUCGCGACCCGGACCAGACCGGUCUGCUGCGCACCCUGCCAAGCUUCUGGGGUAACGAAAUGGUGGCGAUCAUGACUUCGCCGCCGCCAGGCGCGGAGGCGCCUAGCUCGCUAGGGCUGUCCAGCUUUGGUAUCAUGGACUCAUACAUCAAACCGUCGUACCAAGGCGCUACGGGAAGUAAGACAGAGGUAAAGGUGGAGGAUGCCUGGGUGGGCAUUACAUUGUACUCACCGGACAUCUUGUUGCAUCUGUGGACGUUGCAGGGCGCCAUGAGACUGCAGUGUGUGUACAACGAGGCGUAUUUCGAUAAGGAGUCGGUGGCGGCGCUGCUCAAGGCGACUGAGAACGAGCUACUGCUAGGUUUAGGUUUGGUGAACUAA